AGGGAGAACUCUCUUUUCGUUCGUUUGUUGUUACUUUUUGGUGGGAUUGGGAGAUCUUAGUUAUAUAAAAUGGGGACGCGUAGGUUCGUUGGUGAUUUUCGACGGUAUAUUCGUGAUUGAUGCAACUAUGUUCCCUAGAAAAAUAUUACCGAAGAUACACUUUCUCUGCGUGUUAGCUCUCGUCAGGUCUCAAAGUUAUGAGUAUAAUUCGGACGAGGGGGACACAGAGAGUGAUAUCGAGGGCGAUAGUCACCCUGACUACUCCAAAUAUUAUUCUGUGACACCCAAAGAAGGAACCAUUGCUUUGGCCUCCUUCGCUCAACCACAGCAAUUCGGUUUUGGGUUUGGACCUUUCGAAGCAGCAUUUGGUGCAUCAAGUCAAGACAAACAGAAGUUGAUACCAACCCAAGCCUUCGCACCUAUCCAAGCCAAACCUGUGGUUGAAACUCCUGCUACCUUCUCUGACUUCUUCAGCAAAAAUCUUUUCGGAAUCAACCAACCUGCCCAACCAGCAGACUACUUUGAACAGUCUCAAACUCGCCAGAGGGAAGAAGCACGAGAAGAACCUUCAGAAAACGUAUCCGAAGAAAAGGAGAAUGAAGAGGAGAACGAAGAGGCUGAGGAACAAUCAGAGUACAACCAAUCAGGACCCAGUUACAUAUCACAUGAUGUGCCUGCAAAGAUACCUCAUCAGGUGGAGACUGUAAAAGUACAAGGUAGUGGUCUCAACUUGAUAUCUCCCCCAGCUAAAGUUCACGACUUGAGAGAUUAUAAAGACCACCACAAGUAUCUUCCACAUCUUCAACCGUUAGUAACACCUCAAGUGUACCCUCAAGCACCUGGUUAUCAGAAGUUCACUCAACCCUCAGCCAGUCCAAGUUUGACGCCUUAUCAGAAGUUCAGUUUUCAACCAGUUGCAGAGUAUCAGAACAAAUACUUGGAAAACCUGAAUUCUGCAUCCAAUGUUAGGCCUAACUACAGAAACCAAUAUGCUAGAGUCAAUAUACCAUCUUACGUUUCUCAAGAAUCUAAAGUCGUACCCAGAGCAGCUGACCGUAAGAACUGCAAGAGGUUAACAAAGGAGUCUGGCAACGAAAAGAUUGGCGAUCUAACUUGUUACGUAUGUGAAAACCAAGAGACCAAUUCAAAGGUAACCGAAUGUUCCUACCAGUCUGAACCAGAUAGUACCGAUCUUCAUAAAGGAAGUUCAGAAAGAUAUUCCGUACCUGCCAAAAGACCUGAUGGCUUUAGAUACAGGAGAUAUGCAUCAGAAGAAGACUCCGACCCUUACGAAUACGUCAAAAACAGAUCUUUACGUGCUCAGAAAGAGAAACAAGAAGAAGGCGACAAUUACGAAUACGAAGGUUAUGACGCUUCACAACCAGAAAAAAGUUAUUCUGAAGUCCAAUCGGAAGAGAUCUUGAAGGAUCCUAAGAAAUGUACCAACGUGGACAGAGACGGUAUGUCCUGUCGUGUCUGCAAAGAUCCAGCUACAGGAGGUAACUACGAAUCCUGCUCUUUCAGUACUGCUCCAGAACCUGAGAAGUAUGCCUACGUCUCUGAAAAGAACUACAACAGUAAUGAUGAUCCUGAUUAUGCUUCUAAAGGAGAUGAAUCGAAGAACGUAGCUACCAAUACCAAAGCUAAUGAUGAUGAGGAACCUGUUAAAGAUCAAAAACCAAAGAAAGAAAGGAAGUCUAGGAAGAAAUACUCGAAAAAUAGUGAGUCAAGCUCUCCCAAAGGCUCAAAAUCUGAAUACUCAGACUAUGUACACCCUAAGAAUCUUGAAAGGCAGAGUUGGGAAGAACCAGAAUCAUCCAAAGGUGAGAAAUCUUACUAUCCAAAGUACGAAGCUGAAAGUCGACAAGAAUCACGUUCAGCUAAGAAUGAAGAGGAAGAAGAAGAUGAUACCAAGUCCAAUAGCGAAUCAUCUGAGGAUGCAUCUCCUUACAAAGAUAUAGGAGAAUACAAAUUCAAGUAUUUCCCUGAGUUCUCUGGUGAAGAAUCUAGAGUUAAGGAAGAACCUCUUGAGUAUGUGAGUACCAACAAGAAAGAAGUUGAAGAUGUACUAGCCGAUUUCAAGAAGAAAGACAGGUCUCAGUGCAAACAAGUCAAGAAGAACGGAAUGACCUGUUUCUUGUGUGUUGACGAGAACAGGGCCAAGAAUGAAGAAUGUAUGUUCAUUUCUGAGUCAAAACCAAAAGGAACAUACGCCAAAUAUACAAAAAAUGAUGAGGUUGGGGCUUCAUCCGAAGCUAAACCGGUGACAACGAAGAAAUCUGUAAGUGGUAGGAAGAAACGGUCACAAAAAAAGAUGAGUGAGAUCUCUGGAGCAAGUAGCAGUAAAAUUGAGAGCGUUGUUAGGGCUCCUUCUGGAGAAAAGCAAGUACCUGAAGAGACAGAAUUGAAGGCUAGUGCUUCAGCUCAAGAUGCUCAAAGGAUAGAAGAGAAAGAUGAGUCAAAGUUAGAGACUCGAUCAGAAAUCGAUACCAAUGAUGAGGGAGGAGAGUAUAGCGCUGAAACCCAACCUGUGUACAGUAAGGCUCUGGGUAUGACUUUGCCGAAGUACAUGUUGGACAAAUCGGAGUUUGAGAAAGAAUUCGAUGCUUUGUUGCCGCACUGAGGGGAAUAGAUGUUGUUACUGUUAUGAUUAAGUGUUAAUUUUCUGUUGUUUCAUCAUGUUUUUUUUACUGAUUGUUUUGUACAAAUAAAAGUGUUUUUGAAUAAAAGUUUUUCGAGAUAAAA